AUGGAACGAAUAUUGCGUGGCGUUAUGCGUUACCGGCAUUCGACGAGAGAGCAAAUGGUGCAGGAAUUUCGGAAAGUUCGUGAUAAUCCUCAGCCAAAAGCGGUCUUUUUCACUUGUAUGGACAGUCGCAUGAUACCGACCCGCUUUACAGAAACACACGUCGGUGAUAUGUUUGUCGUGCGAAAUGCUGGCAAUCUUGUACCGCACGCGGAACACUUUCAGGACGAGUAUUUUAGCUGCGAACCGGCCGCCCUGGAGCUGGGCUGUGUCGUAAACAACAUCAAGCACAUCAUCGUUUGUGGCCACAGUGAUUGCAAGGCGAUGAACUUACUGUAUCAGCUAAAGGAUCCUGAAUUUUCAUCCCUGGAUAAUCGUCGCAUAUCACCACUGCGAGCGUGGCUAUGCGAGCACGCCAAUACGAGUCUGGCCAAAUUUCAAAAUCUUAAAGAAAUUGGCCUAGACAAACCGUUGAUAUUUUCCUCCGAAACACCGCUCCGAAAGUUUGUGGCGUACAUCGAUCCCGAGAACAAUUUCGCGAUCGAGGAUAAACUGUCGCAGGUGAACACACUCCAGCAAAUAGAAAACGUUGCAUCGUACGGGUUUCUCAAGCGUCGCCUCGAAUCACACGAUCUGCACAUCCAUGCAUUGUGGUUCGAUAUCUAUACGGGGGACAUUUAUUUCUUUAGCCGGAAUGCGAAGCGUUUCAUCGCGAUCGAUGAGAGCUCGAUCGAACGGCUACUGGACGAGGUACGGCGGUACUACUCUUGAUUUGAUCGAAUACUCAGUCAAU